AGACAUUAAACCUGACAACGUCCUUCUCGAUGUCAACGGUCACAUCCGUCUGGCCGACUUCGGAUCCUGUCUCCGCAUGAUGGAGGACGGCACGGUCCAGUCCUCGGUGGCGGUGGGAACUCCGGACUACAUCUCCCCUGAGAUCCUGCAGGCGAUGGAAGACGGGAUGGGACGCUAUGGACCCGAGUGUGACUGGUGGUCUCUGGGAGUCUGCAUGUACGAGAUGCUGUAUGGAGAAACGCCGUUCUACGCGGAGUCGCUGGUGGAAACUUACGGAAAGAUCAUGAACCAUGAGGAGCGUUUCCAGUUCCCGUCCCACGUGACCGACGUGUCGGAGGAUGCCAAAGACCUGAUCCAGCGCCUGCUUUGCUCUAGAGAACAUCGGAUUGGUCUGAACGGGCUCUCCGACUUCAAAAGCCACGCGUUUUUCAGUGGCAUCAACUGGGACAACAUCCGGUCGGCUGAGGCCCCCUACAUCCCAGACGUGUCCUCGCCCACUGACACAUCCAACUUUGAUGUGGACGACGAUGUCCUCAAGAACCCGGACAUCACCCCACCAGUGUCUCACACUGGUUUCACUGGUCAGCACCUCCCCUUCGUUGGCUUCACCUACACCACCGACAGUUGCUUCUCCGACCGCAGCUCCGUCAGCCAGGCAGGGCACAGCCGCCACCAGGAAACUGAGGGAGGGGUUGGGGGAGGUGAAGAGGUGGAGGCGUUUGAGAGGAGGAUCCGCCGCCUGGAGCAGGAGAAGCAGGAACUGAACCGCAAACUGCAGGAGUCGACUCAGGCGCUGCAGGCCCCGACUAGAGGUGGAACUCUGACUCGAGACAAAGAGAUCAAGAAAUUGAAUGAGGAGAUCGAGCGGCUGAAGAAGAAGCUGGCAGACUCUGAUAGGCUGGAGCACCAGCUAGAGGAGGCGGUUACCCUCAGACAGGAUUAUGAGAGCUCCGCCUCCAAACUGAAGAGUGUGGAGAGACAGGUGAAGACACUGAGGCAAGAGAAGGAGGAUGUCCAUAAGCAGCUGUCCGACUCUCUGGAGCGCCUGAGGAGUCACACGAAGGAGUUGAAGGAGGCUCACUCUCAGAGGAAGUUGGCACUGCAGGAGUUCUCAGAGCUGUCAGAGAGGAUGACCGAACUCCGUGCCUCCAAACAGCGUCUGUCCCGUCAGCUCCGGGACAAAGAGGAGGAGAUGGACGCCCUCCUGCACAAGAUGGAUGCCAUGAAACAGGAGAUCCGCAAGACUGAGAAGAACCGCAAGGAGCUGGAGGCUCAGCUGGACGACGCCAAGGCCGAGGCAUCAAAGGAGCGGAAGCUGAGGGAGCACAGUGAGGUCUACUCCAAACAGCUGGAGACGGAGCUGGAGAGCCUAAAGUCUCAGCAGGGUCGGGGAGCAGCCACCGGGGGGGCAGAGUCUCAGCAGGAGCUGUCCCGUCUGAAGGCGGAGCUUGAUAAGAAGAUUUUGUUCUAUGAGGAGGAGCUGCUGAGGAGAGACUCUGCCCACUCCUCAGAGAUCAAGAACCUCCGCAAAGACCUGCACGAGUCUGAGGGGGCACAGCUCGCUGCCAACAAGGAGCUGCUGCAGGUCCGAGACAAGCUGGACAAGGCCAAGAGAGACAGACAAACUGAGAUGGAUGAAGCUGUGGUGACGCUGAAGGGAAAUUUUGAGCGAGAGAAACAUCUGCUGACGGAAGAAAACAGGAAAAUGACAGUGGAGACAGACAAGUUGUGCGCGUUCGUGGACAAACUAACUGCUCAGAAUCGUCAGCUGGAGGAUGAGCUUCAGGAUGUGUCGUCGAAGAGAGAGAGUGUCGCUCACUGGGAGGCUCAGAUUGCUGAAAUCAUCCAGUGGGUGAGCGAUGAGAAGGAUGCUCGAGGUUACCUUCAGGCUCUGGCCACCAAGAUGACGGAGGAACUGGAAACACUACGUAGCUCCAACCUGGGGACCAGGCCUCUG